CCAUUUGUUCUUUUCUCUGUGGACUUUAAGUUCCACUGAAUUGAAGGGAAAUUGAAACUUGAAAUGCUGCAAUAUGAUAGACAAAUCCAUUGAACAAUUUGAAUACAAGAAAUGUAUUGAUUUUGUUUUCCUCAAUUUUAACUGAAAUUGAAAAAUGGUCUUUACUUUGGGGUAAUGACAACAAUAUAGGCUCAACUAUGAGGUUAUUGUUCACAAGUUACUGAUGUUAUAUCUCAGAAGAACUUCUCGAUGUUUGCCACCUCAGAGACUUCUGUUGCUCUGUUUUGUUGUGCUGGUUAGUCUCAUCAUAGGUUAUCAGCUUGGAAAACUUCAACACCAGUUGGAACCUCAUGUUCUGAGAGAGAGUAAAAAGACUGAAAGUUUUCUUGUAGUGUUGGUUUUCUCUGCCCCAGAGAACCUUAACAAAAGAGAAGUGAUCCGUCAAACAUGGCUUAACACUUACAGAGGAAAAGAAGUCUUGCAUUUGUUUGUGAUAGGAAAGGCUAUGAUUAGCCCUGAUGUCUGGAAACAGCUAGAAGUUGAGAACAGUAAAUAUCAGGAUCUACUACUGCUUGAGGAUGUCAAAGACUCAUAUUUUUCUCUGACCUCAAAACUUUUAUCAGCUUUAGCAUGGCUUUCAGAAAAUAUUUAUUUUAGUUACGUCUUCAAAGCAGAUGAUGACACUUUUGCACAACUUGACAUCAUGCUUGAUGAACUGAAGAGAGCUUCAGCAUCUCUCUAUUGGGGAUUUUUUGAUGGUCGAGCACGUGUAAAGCAGUCCGGUAAAUGGGCAGAGAGAGACUGGGUCUUGUGUGACUUGUAUCUACCCCAUGCCCUUGGAGGAGGCUAUGUACUUUCCUCUGAUUUAGUCAGUUUUGUAGCUAAGAAUAAGGAGUUUCUGACACUUUACAAAAGUGAGGAUGUGUCUCUGGGGACGUGGUUAGCUCCAGUGAAUGUCCAUCGUAAACAUGACCCACGGUUUGACACAGAGCACAUUUCUCGUGGAUGUUUCAAUUCUUACAUUGUAACACACAAACAGAGUGUGGAGCAAAUGAAAGAAAAAUAUAACAGCUUAAAACAAAAUGGUAAACUGUGUGCUCUAGAGGUUCGGAGUCGUUAUUCAUACAUAUACAACUGGGGAGUUCCACCUUCAAAGUGCUGUGUUAGGAAUGAAACAAAAAUACCUUGAUAUUGAGUAACUUAAUUGAAAUUCAAAACCUUCAAAUUUAAAAAGACUAAUGAGUGAUAUGAAAGAAAGUAAAAAUGCAGAUAAGGGACAUUUAAUACAGUAUUCUGUGUGUCAAUAUAUCAAGUUUCUUAUGGAGUAUUUCAGAAAUAUUGAUGUGUUGAACUAUCUGACAUUUAACUGGAUAUUUUCUUUUCUGCUGUUUAUUAUUUCAAUUUGUUUCCUAGAAGGUUAGAACUUUUUAAAGCUUGUCAUAUCUAUGUCUAGUUAGAUCUAUAACUUUAAAUCAGGGAUUUUGAAGCAGCAGUUGCAUAGCAUGUAAGUGUGUGGUUGAUAAACAGCAGUUGCAUAGCAUGUAAGUGUGUGGUUGAUAAACAGCAGUUGCAUAGCAUGUAAGUGUGUGGUUGAUAUACAGCAGUUGCAUAGCAUGUAAGUGUGUGGUUGAUAAACAGCAGUUGCAUAGCAUGUAAGUGUGUGGUUGAUAAACAGCAGUUGCAUAGCAUGUAAGUGUGUGGUUGAUAAACAGCAGUUGCAUAGCAUGUAAGUAUGUGGUUGAUAUACAGCAGUUGCAUAGCAUGUAAGUGUGUGGUUGAUAUACAGCAGUUGCAUAGCAUGUAAGUGUGUGGUUGAUAUACAGCAGUUGCAUAGCAUGUAAGUGUGUGGUUGAUAUACAGCAGUUGCAUAGCAUGUAAGUGUGUGGUUGAUAAACAGCAGUUGCAUAGCAUGUAAGUGUGUGGUUGAUAAACAGCAGUUGCAUAGCAUGUAAGUGUGUGGUUGAUAAAUAGGUUCUUUUAGUUUCUAACAUUUGUUGACUAAGAAGCUUUCAACUUAGUUCCUGGUGAGUAAUAGCUUCCCAAAUUCCCAUAAUCUUAGGUUUUACAAUUUAUUUUAGUAAUUGUCAUGAGACAUUCCAAGGAAUGGCUUAUAUAUACUCAUUAUGUAUUAUAUCAAAUGAUAUAGUCCAGAAGCCUAGAUAAUUAUCUGAUGUUGUACAUAUAUUUCAUUUAGACUGUAAUGUAUUCAUAUUAGCCUUUAACUUGAAAUAUGAAGAAAUAAUUCUUAUUUAAUAUAGUGCUAGUGUAAAUGUGAUGUUUUUUUGUAG